AUGAUGCAAGCCAGGAAGUUUAAGUUGGACAUCAUCGGACAGACUGAUGCGAGGCGACGCCACCUACGGAACCCCGUGUAUGACACUGGAGAACAACUGUUAAGAACAUGCGACAGUAGAGCAGUUGGUGGAAUUGAUGUCCUCGUUAACAAGAAUAUGGUAGUAAACAUCGACUCUUUCGAACAACUUGCAAAUCAAAUCGGACGUUUACGGAUGAGAAGAUGUGGUUCAACACCAGCUUUCACAAUCUUCGUCGUUUACGCUCCAACAUCGACUGCAACUCUCGAAAACGUGAUGCGAGGAUUGGAAUAUGAUGACAUGGGAGUGAAAGUUGACGGCCGGCAUUUACACCAUCUUCGUUUCGCUGAUGACAUCGUUCUUACAACAUCAAGCAUCAAUCAGGCGGAACGGGUGCUUGCCGAAUUUUAUGAAACCAGUAAAAAGAUCGGUCUUCAACUGAACCUAGACAAGACGGUGUUUGUGAGGAACGGAUAG